UUAGCACAAAUGUCUACUGACGAAGCAGAGAAAGAUACGGUUGCAUCAGAAAUAGAGAUUGUGAUUUCUUCCUCUCAAAAACCAAUUGCUGAUGUGUCGGAGGAAUCUUCCAUCUCAAUGGCAAUAGGUGGGAACGUUGAAAGGGUCCAAACUGAGUCCUCAACGACAGAAGGAAAAACUUUGCCGACACAAAACUCUACAUCAUCCUUGACAGAUCAAAUUGAAUUGAGAUAUCGUCGCUUCAUACUGUACUACUAUGCAAAGCAUGGUGAUUGGAACAGCGCUGAAAAAAUUUUCAAGGAAGAUAAAAUUGGUAUAACAGCUAUACUAUCAAAGGAAGGGGACACCGCUCUUCAUAUUGCAGCUGCAUGCAGGCACACUGGUUUCGUGAAAAAGCUUCUUGAACAAAUGAAUAAAGAGGAUUUAGCUAUUAAAAAUAACGCUGGCAACACGGCCUUUUUUCUUGCAGCUGCCUCUAGAAAAGUUGAAAUCGCCAAGGCUAUGAUGGAGAAGAACGAAGACGUGGUAAAGAUUAGAGGUUUCGAUAAUAUGUUACCGCUUCACAAGGCAGCUACGGCGGGAUACAAAGAGAUGGUAGAAUACCUUUAUGAAGCCACUGGAGAUGAGUUAUUAGAUAAUAAUGAUCGCUUCGAUUUGCUUGUCAAUCUGAUACACCACGGUUUUUAUGACGUUGCGCUGGAUUUGGCGGAGAGGCACCCACAGGUAGCUCUUGCACGUGAUAAAAAUGGAGAGACAGCAUUGCAUCACUUGGCACGAGUACAUUUAUUGACGAGUAGGCUCGAUUCAAGCCUAAUUAGACUUUGCAAGAGAACAGCCUUCUACCUGUAUAAUGAAGUAAAAAGAAACGUGAUAAAGACGUGUCACUCAGUGUUGGGAAAGCAACGGGUGAAGAGAAGGGAGGAACAGAAGAGCAAUGAGCUGGGCUUGAGGGAUCGGAUAAAACAGAGAGAGCAACGGAUGAAUGAGAGGACGCAACAGUGGAGGAAUGAGCUGAGCUGGGGGGAAUGGAUUGAAGAGGCGAAAGUUCAAGUCCUAGUUGGUACUGAUCAACAGAUUCCCAAUUCGGCUUUUGAGUUAGUCCAAUGCCUUUGGGAACAAGUUAUGCUUCUGGAUGACUCCCAGAUUUUGGAAAUUGUUAGAAAACCUCACUCGCUCAUGCUUGAGGCAGCAAAACAAGGGAACCUUCGGUUUCUAUGGAUAAUUAUCUGUUCAUAUCCUGAUCUAGUGUAUGAAGUUGACGAAAAUAAUCACACCAUUUAUCAUUUCGCUGCUAUGUAUCGUCACUUUAUCAUUUUCAGAUACAUUUAUCACUUAGGUUCACUGAAGGAUUCUGUUGUUCAGAACAUAGAUAAAGAUGGGAACAACAUUUUGCAUUUGGUUGCAAAGUUGCCUCCAGCAGAUAGACCUGAUAAUGAAUCAGCUGCAUUAGAUAUUCAAAUGGAUGAUGAGAUGAAUUUUUUUUCGAAUGUGAAGGGAAUUUUGCAUCCGGUGGAUGCUGAAGCUAAAAAUAAAGAAGGGAAAACCGCUAGAGCUUUAUUUACUGAAGAGCACCAAGAGUUAAGGCACAAAGCUGAGAAAUAUGUUAAGGACAUUGCAAAAGGAUGCAUUAUGGGGGCAACACUAAUUGCUACUGCUGCUUUUGCUGCAGCUUUCACAAUACCAGGUGGCAUCAAUGAUUCAGGGACUCCAAAUCUUGUCCGGAGACCUUCCUUCAUAAUUUUUACUAUAUCAGAUGCAAUAGCAUUUCUGUUUUCCAUUUUCUCCAUACUAAUGUUCUUAACCGUUAUCUCUUCCCGAUACGAAGAAGCAGAUUAUAGCCAAUUAAUUAAUGAUAUGAGUUGGGGAUCAAUCUUACUUAUCUUAGCAAUACAUGCAAUAAUGGUAGCGUUUUGCGCAACUAUGUUCCUGCUCUUCAACGAUGGACAACACUGGGUUCCUAUUCUUGUUACGACAAUGGCUGUUUUGGCAAGCUUAAUGUUCUUGGAGAGAUAUUUUACUCGCGGUGGAGAAGCAGUACAUAUCACCGCAAGUUGGUUCCCUUAAAAGAAAAUUGAGUAGAAGUUCUCAACAUUGUCUAAAAUAUGAGAGUUUUAUGUUUUGACUCUCACUAUUCAAUUAUUUACAUAAUUGUUAUGAAGUAAAUGAGUCAGCCGAUGUUUCAGUGUUAAUUGUUUUGAUCACGACUGUUAUAAUUAAAACUGAAAUGAGUUACAUAAAUUAUAAGUUUUGUUUGAGUGAAGCUCUAUCUAAUAAAACUGACGUGCUGAUUAUUUUAUUUGAG